CUUCCCAUCCCCUCUGCCCGCUCGGAGUGUGUGCGGGAGUGGGAACACUGCGCUGUGCGCGCCGACUCUGCCUCCCUCUCGCCCCGUCACGGCGUUUCCUCCCACUCUGCCGUCUCCCGCUCACUGUGCCCCGGCCGGGACUCACACCUCGCCCGUGCCCUUCACUUGCUCGUCCGCGUGAUUUUCCCGUCGUCUUUCUCCACCAACUGGGAAUGCUAAAACGGGCCUGAUGGACGUGUCAGAACUCUGCAUCCCGGACCCCCUCGGCUACCACAACCAGCUACUGAACAGGAUGUCCGCAGACGAUCGGCACCUGAGCUCCAGCUGUGGCUCCUUCAUCAAGACGGAGCCGUCCAGCCCGUCCUCGGGCGUCGAUGCCCUCAGCCACCACAGCCCCAGUGGCUCGUCCGACGCCAGCGGCGGCUUUGGCCUGGCCCUGGGUGCCCACGCCAAUGGUCUGGACUCGCCGCCCAUGUUUGCGGGCGCCGGGCUGGGAGGCACCCCGUGUCGCAAGGGCUAUGAGGACUGUGCCGGCGGCAUCAUGGAGGACGCGGCCAUUAAGUGCGAGUACAUGCUCAACGCCAUCCCCAAGCGCCUGUGCCUCGUGUGUGGGGACAUUGCCUCUGGCUACCACUACGGUGUGGCUUCCUGCGAGGCCUGCAAGGCCUUCUUCAAGAGGACCAUCCAAGGGAACAUUGAGUACAGCUGCCCGGCCACCAACGAGUGUGAGAUCACAAAACGGAGGCGCAAGUCCUGCCAGGCCUGCCGCUUCAUGAAAUGCCUCAAAGUGGGGAUGCUGAAGGAAGGUGUGCGCCUUGAUCGAGUGCGUGGAGGCCGCCAGAAAUACAAGCGGCGGCUGGACUCGGAGAGCAGCCCCUACCUGAGCUUGCAGAUUUCCCCACCUGCUAAAAAGCCAUUGACCAAGAUUGUCUCUUACCUGCUGGUGGCGGAGCCGGACAAGCUGUACGCCAUGCCCCCCCCUGGCAUGCCUGAGGGCGACAUCAAGGCCCUGACCACUCUCUGUGACCUGGCAGACAGGGAGCUCGUGGUCAUCAUUGGCUGGGCCAAGCACAUCCCAGGCUUCUCGAACCUCUCCCUGGGGGACCAGAUGAGCCUGCUGCAGAGCGCCUGGAUGGAGAUCCUCAUCCUGGGCAUCGUGUACCGCUCGCUGCCCUACGACGACAAGCUGGUGUAUGCGGAGGACUACAUCAUGGAUGAGGAGCACUCCCGCCUCGCGGGGCUGCUGGAGCUCUACCGGGCCAUCCUGCAGCUGGUGCGCAGGUACAAGAAGCUCAAGGUGGAGAAGGAGGAGUUUGUGACGCUCAAAGCCCUGGCCCUGGCCAACUCAGAUUCCAUGUACAUCGAGGAUCUGGAGGCCGUCCAGAAGCUGCAGGACCUGCUGCAUGAGGCGCUGCAGGACUACGAGCUGAGCCAGCGCCACGAAGAGCCACGGAGGACGGGCAAGCUGCUGCUGACGCUGCCCCUGCUGCGGCAGACGGCCGCCAAGGCGGUGCAGCACUUCUACAGCGUCAAACUGCAGGGCAAGGUGCCCAUGCACAAACUCUUCCUGGAGAUGCUGGAGGCCAAGGUCUGACGGCCCGGCACGCACUGACUCCCGCCUGUGGAUAGACAAACGGACGGCCCGGUGCAGAGACCGCCACAGCCACUAGCCUGACCUUCAAGCCCUGUGUCAUGGCCAUGAGCAGUCCCAGAGGAAGAGGCUUCUUGCCUCCCGGCUGUGUGCAGAGUCCUGGGUGCCGUGGGGCGGGGGGACAGGGAUGGGAGGGCAGGGUGUGGGGCUCAUCUGUAACUGGCUUUUUCUUUGGUAUGUUUUUCCUUCUCCAUGGGCAGUGCUGAGGCCUGGGCCAGGGCUGACUCCCCUGAGACUGGAGACCACCGAGGAAGGGCCCCCUCUCCCUACCAAACCCCCAAGAGGCAGCUCGGACAUUUCCUGGCCCCACUCCCACCCCGUGCGCCCCAAUCCCUGGCUCGGGUUGGCAGUGCUAGCCCUCAGGACACACUGAGGCUGUGUACCACCCAGAGGUGUUCCUUUCCCAGAGGGCCGGCACUUUCUUCCAGAGGCCCUGACUACUCUGAGCUUCUCUGGGGCCCGUCAAGAGGCCCCACCCCUUCCACAGGCCAGAGGGCUCCGUCCCUCCAUCCUUCCUGUCAGCAGGGCACACACCCAGCUCCCAGCGGGGACUCAGCAUCAGGAGAGUAGCUGCGAGAGCUCACACAUUUUCCUGGGCACCCCAGCCCUAGGUGCCCUCCCACCUACCUGUUCUCCCCCUCUCCUCCCCCAGGAGUCCUCCCUGCUACUUUCUGCCCCUACCUCAGAGCUCACUGAGAAAUGCGUCAGCCAGCCAAAAUGACUUCAGGGCCCGUAGCUGGAAUAGUGCUGGCUCAUAGAGAGCUCCUCAGACCCUACUUCCUCCUUGCUUUGCCCCCUAUCUCUGUCAACCUUCAAGGUAGGUCCAGAGCAGGUGGUCUGUGGAAAGUGGGCGAUGUACUGUGGCCUAGCCCCCUCUGAGGGCACCCUGGGCACUCCAAUUCUAGACUGGCAGUCCUGGGAGGAUAGAGGCAGAAUGGGGAGAGGCCCAAACCAACCUUUGCUGAGCACAGAAAGGCCCAGAAGUAGAGAGAAGCAGGUGGGGGAACCCUGAAGACAGGGAGCUCAGGGGAGGUCACCAGCCUCCUUGAUCCUACCUGGUUACCAAAGCAGGGGACACCAGCACACCCCCUCCCUGAAAUUUCAAGGGCUGGGUAAAUCAGUGCCGCAGGAGGGGUGUUCCUGCCACCCUUUGACUAAGGAUGUGUGGCGUACUCCUUGGGUGCACUGAGGGGCCCCAGCUUUCUGGUAGAACCACCCGAGUCCUCCUCGCUGCUGUGUGGGGUGACCAACCACCCCAGUUUGCCCAGGACGUUCCUGGUUUUAGCACUGAAAGUCCUGUGUCCCAGGAAACCCCUCAGUCUGGGCAAACGAGGAAAGUUGGUCCCCUGAUUUCUGUGAGUGGCUGUAAAAGCCCGUUAUAGCCCAUCUGAGGGUUGGGGUGCAGCCCUGAACACCCUGUCUGGUGCACACAGGUUGCUGAGGGCCGCUGAGUGGAUCUCCGAGGAAGGAAGGGUAGGAAGCUUGAUGGGAGAUGUCCUCCCAAGCAGCUGCUUUGUAAAGCAGACAUCAGAGCCAAUUUCACCUGGGACUUUUUUCUGGAGAAUCCACACUCAUUCUAACCCAAUCUCCCGUCACCUGGAGAGGCAGGCGGAUCCCACCCGCUCCUCAUUAGGACACGAGGAGGCCAGAUACCCUUUUCCACAGCCUCAUGGUUUUUCUAAGGGAAGCAGCUGUUGCUGGUUCUGCUUUCCUGUCUCUCCAC